CCGGUAUAAAACAAAGACGCGACUACGGCGCGCUCGUCUGUGAUAUCGGCUUAAUAAGCGUAGUAUACACACCUCGGAUUGUUUUUUGGCAUUUUCAGAAGCAACUUCAACCGGGUUUUGACGUGUCGGAGUUCGUCCUAACAAAUUUUCAAAAUGAAGUGCUUAAUUUUCGUCGCGAUUUUUGCGUACAUCUACGCAGUGCAGGCCGCUGUUUACCUCGAAGAAAAAUUCAACGAUGAUUCGUGGGAGAAAAACUGGAUUUACAGUAAACACCCUGGUAAAGAAUUCGGUAAAUUCGUUAGGACAGCUGGAAAAUUCUUCAACAAUGAGGAAGAAGACAAAGGUAUCCAAACGUCCGAAGACGCUCGUUUCUACGCCCUGAGCAGGAAAUUCAAGCCUUUCGGCACCGAAGGCAAGGACUUGGUGGUACAAUUCAGCGUCAAGCACGAGCAAAACAUCGACUGCGGCGGCGGUUACGUCAAAGUGUUCGAUUGCUCGUUGAAACCGGAAGAAAUGCACGGAGAAUCCCCCUACAGGCUGAUGUUCGGCCCCGACAUCUGCGGACCCGGCACCAAGAAGGUUCACGUCAUCCUCAACUACAAGGACAAGAACGUUCUAAUCAACAAGGACAUCAGGUGUAAGGAUGAUGUGUACACGCACGUUUACACUCUCAUCAUCAAACCGGAUAACACCUACGAGGUACAAAUCGACGGUGAGAAGGUUGAAGGCGGAGAAUUGGAAGCCGACUGGGACCUAUUGCCGCCCAAGAAGAUCAAGGAUCCCGAAGCUAAGAAACCCGAAGACUGGGAUGACAGAGCCACCAUUCCCGACCCCGAUGACACGAAACCCGAAGACUGGGACAAGCCGGAGCACAUUCCUGACCCGGAUGCCAGCAAACCGGACGAUUGGGACGAUGAAAUGGACGGCGAAUGGGAACCACCGAUGAUCGACAACCCGGAAUACAAAGGAGAAUGGAAACCCAAGCAAAUCGAUAACCCUGCUUACAAAGGUGCUUGGGUACAUCCCGAAAUCGAGAAUCCGGAAUACACCCCGGACGCGAACCUCUACAAACAAAAGGAAAUCUGCGGAUUGGGUUUCGAUUUGUGGCAAGUUAAAUCCGGUACGAUCUUCGAUAACGUGUUGAUCACAGACGAUGUGGAAUACGCGAAGAAGGCUCUGUCUGGACUGAAAGAUACGCAAGAAGGCGAGAAGAAAGCCAAAGAAGAAUUAGAUAAGGCGGAAAAGGAAGCGGCCAGCAGCGAAGAUGAGAAGAAAGAUGAUGAUGAUGAGGAUGACGACGAUGACGAUGAAGAAUCGAACAACGUUCCACCAGUAGAAGAAGAUCAUGAUGAGUUAUAAGAAAAAUAACAUGCGAGCUAAAAGACUUUUUUUAUAUAAAGUGUGCAGUGUUUUGUUCGAUAGUGUGUACUCUGUUUCUUCUUGACUGAUUUUUGUUAAUUUUUGAACAUAUUCUAAUAAAACACAAAAUCCGAUAAGUUGUUUUCGUACUAUACAAUUUGAUUUGUACAAAAUUACAAUAAAAUUAUAUUUUGUAAAUAUAUUUAUUUUCUAUCGGAUUCCCGGCAAAAAUUAUGUAAUAAAAUUCGUUUUGAACAUGUAUUCAUUUUCCUACAAUAAAACUUACUUUUACAAAUUA